AGACAAAAGAGGAAUUUAUGCAGCGAGCACAAGGUACGUUUAUUUGUCGCUAAGUUUAAGAGCCGCAGUGCAAGAAAAUUAGGAAUAAGAUUCGUAAAUGAUGAAUUUAUAUAAAUAAAUCGCUAUGAAGCCUACCUGGAAGACCUAUCCAUACAUCAUAAUCCUCAUCCUGGGAUCGAUUCUGUGUCUUCUGCAAGAAGUCAUUGCUUCAGAAGGUGACCGUCACAAGGUUCACAGAAACCUUCUUCGUGCAUGCCUGAACCAGAACUGUAGCACCCCGGAGCAGCUGAAUCACUUCCAUGGAGACCAACCCCUAGUACUGUGGAUGCUUGGCUGGGACUGUAAACAUGAGUGCCGCUACCUGUCGAUGUGGACAACAGUCAGUCAUCUGAUCAGGGAGGGGACCCCCAUUUCUUCCAUUCCACAGUUUUAUGGCAAGUGGCCCUUUAUCAGAAUAUUAGGAGUCCAGGAACCGGCAUCUGUCAUCUUUUCUAUCGCUAAUGGUUUCGCUCAAGUCUUCAAUAUUUUCCAGUUGAGAAAGAAGGUUCCUAAUACAGCACCCAUGUAUUACGUUGGUUUAGCACAGGGUAUGAUUGCAGUAAAUGCUUGGAUAUGGUCAACAGUCUUCCACUCCAGAGAUUUAGCCUGGACAGAGAAAAUGGACUACUAUUGUGCGUAUUCUCUUGUCUUGUCCGGCUUAACAGCAACAUUACUAAGAAUAUUUGCUGUUCGGGACAACGGGAUGAACAUGAAAGUAGCCGUAGGAAUCGCUGCUGUCACAUCUCUUUUCUACCUCAGACACGUCUGCUUCCUGGCGUUGAUUCGUUUUGAUUAUGGUUACAAUAUGAAGGUCAAUAUUACAACAGCGAUUUUGAAUUUUAUCCUGAUUGUGGCGUGGAGCUUAUGGAACAUAAAACAGCAGCCUUAUCUAUGGAAGGCCAUCGCAUCCGUUGUGACGAUCAACCUCUGUCUCUUGCUAGAAGUGUUGGACUUUCCCCCUCUCUGGUGGACGUUCGAUGCCCACUCUCUCUGGCAUGCAAGCACAAUCCCAAUAGCAUUUCUCUAUUCAAGUUACUUUAUCGAUGAUUGUCUGUACUUGGACAACGCUAAAAUCAAGUUCAGGAAAGAGGCAUGACAGAGUACAUUGCCACUUGGUCUACUCUCAUUUGGUCUACAAUCCAUUUGGUCUAAUCCCAAAUGGUUUCAUCUACAACCGGUUUGUCUACUAUUUGGGGGCGUAAUGGUCUUGUGGUGAUGACUCUCAUCUUUCAAUCUUAGGGACAUGGGUUCGAUUCCCAGCCGUGGUCGUGUUUUCCUUCAGCAAGAAAUUUUCCCACAUUGUGCUGCACUCAACCCAGGUGAGGCGACUGGGUACCCGGUAGGAAGAAAUUCCUUGAAUGCCAGGGCGCCUGUAGGCAGCACGGCUAUAGCCGGGGUCAUAAUGAUAAUAAUAACAUUUUUGUAAGGCGCAGUUGAGUAUAUGUAUGAAUUGCACAAUAUAGUUUGUUAUUAAUUAUUACUAACCAUGUGAUCAACCAUAACUUUGCCAUUUGGCCCAUGUACCAUUUUGUCUAUUUCCAGUAUUGGCCACACCCAUUUCGUCUAAUAUGCUCUUGGAGUAGCUCAACUUACUCUAUAGAGAGAUCCCACAUGCAGACAUGUUAGAGGAUAAACAAUAAAAACCUGUGCAUCAAGCUGUGAUAAAUCAUUGUUUUUAUGAUCUAAUGCACAGGUUUCCCAAUGUUAUCCCCUCCACUUUGACGUCAUCUGAAACUACACGUAUGAUUUUAUGAACUGCAUUUUAACCUAAAAUUUUGAUUUGUCAAAGUGAAAAAUGAUAAGUAGAUGAAAUACAGAUUAGACCUUCGUGGCAUUAGACGAAAUGACAGUUCGUCCAAUUGAAUAUUAGACCAAGUGAUGCCUGGGCCAAACUAGAACCAGAUAGGUAGUAGACCAGGUGAAUUUAGCCAUGGUGGUGUUAUAGACGAUCUGCAAGUAGACCAAGUGGGUUUAGCCAUGAUGGUGUUAGACGAACUGAGAGUUAAACCAUCUGCUAAUAGACCAAGUGGGUUUAGCCAUGAUGGUGUUAGACGAUCUGCAAGUAGACCAAGUGGGUUUUGCCAUGAUGGUGUUAGACGAACUGAGAGUUAGACCAUCUGCUAAUAGACCAAGUGGGUUUAGCCAUGAUGGUGUUAGACGAGCUGAGAGUUAAACCAUCUGCUAGUAGACCAAGUACAUUUAGCCAUGACGGUGUUAGACAAACUGAGAGUUAGAACAUCUGCAAGUAGACCAAGUGGGUUUAGCCAUGAUGGUGUUAGACAAACUGAGAGUUAAACCAUCUGCUAGUAGACCAAGUACAUUUAGCCAUGAUGGUGUUAGACGAACUGAGAGUUAGACCAUCUGCUAGUAGACCAAGUGCGUUUAGCCAUGAUGGUGUUAGACGAACUGAGAGUUAGACCAUCUGCUAGUAGACCAAAUGCAUUUAGCCUUGAUGGUGUUAGACAAACUGAGAAUUAGACCAUCUGCUAGUAGACCAAGUGGGUUUAGCCAUGAUGGUGUUAGACAAACUGAGAGUUAGACCAUCUGCUAAUAGACCAAGUGGGUUUAGCCAUGAUGGUGUUAGACAAACUGAGAGUUAAACCAUCUGCUAGUAGACCAAAUGCGUUUAGCCAUGGUGGUGUUAAGACAAACUGAGAGUUAGACCAUCUGCUAGUAGACCAAGUGCGUUUAGCCAUGAUGGUGUUAGACGAACUGAGAGUUAGACCAUCUGCUAGUAGACCAAAUGCAUUUAGCCUUGAUGGUGUUAGACAAACUGAGAAUUAGACCAUCUGCUAGUAGACCAAGUGGGUUUAGCCAUGAUGGUGUUAGACAAACUGAGAAUUAGACCAUCUGCAAGUAGACCAAGUGGGUUUAGCCAUGAUGGUGUUAGACAAACUGAGAGUUAGACCAUCUGCAAAUAGACCAAGUGGGUUUAGCCAUGGUGGUGUUAGACAAACUGAGAGUUAGACCAUCUGCUAGUAGAACAAGUGCGUUUAGCCAUGAUGGUGUUAGACGAACUGAGAAUUAGACCAUCUGCAAGUAGACCAAGUGGGUUUAGCCAUGAUGGUGUUAGACGAACUGAGAGUUAGACCAUCUGCUAGUAGAACAAGUGCGUUUAGCCAUGAUGGUGAGAGUUAGACCAUCUGCUAGUAGACCAAAUGCGUUUAACCAUGAUGGUGUUAGACGAACUGAGAGUUAGACCAUCUGCUAGUAGAACAAGUGCGUUUAUCCAUGAUGGUGUUAGACGAACUGAGAGUUAGACCAUCUGCUAGUAGAACAAGUGCGUUUAGCCAUGAUGGUGUAAGACGAACUGAGAGUAGACCAAGUGGGUUCAGCCUUAAUGGUGUACAUGAUUUGAGGAUCAGACCAACUGCUAGUAGACCACGUAAGUAAUUCAGAAACAAAAGCAAUACUACUAGGUCAACAGCAAUACAGAAGACCAAUAUUGAGGAGACAAAGAUACAUGUAUUUGUCUGAAUACAAGCUGGAGUAUAAAGAUAAUUGCGGUAGAUGCUGGCAAAAUAAGGUAAAAAUUACUUAUUAUCCAAAGAUCUUCUUUUCCAUACCAUGUGAUGCUUUAAUGGUAGGAAUAAAAUAAUGAGAAGAUGAAUUCAGCUUGAAGCUCAAAGAACCUUUAUUUUGUAAAAGAAAUUGCAAACGGAUGGAUAUAUAUAUAUGUAAAGUUUUAACCUAUACAUGAUAAUAUACAAUUUUGAUUUGUAUGGAAAGAUUUAGGUACAUUUAUUAUACAUUAUAUACCUGAAUCUUUGGCCGAGUUAUCCAGCCUUUCCCUGAGGAGUGUUUCACGAUCAAUUUAGUCAGUGAUUUUCAGUGACUUAUUUGCUCUUAGCCAAUCAGACGUAUGGAUUUCAGUAGCUUAUAACAGUACAAAGUGGAAAAUCACAGAUUUUUUUGUAUCGUGAAAUGCUCCCCAGGUCUAGGAGCUUUGAUAAAAAUAUGACACAAUGGCAAAGGCUCUAUCAUGCAUGUUCUAUUUUUUUUUGGUAGCAUGUUCCACCUAUUUUUUUUCGUAGUGUUUUAAUGCCAACAAUAUUUCAAAAGGUGCAAUAAUAUACAGGAAUAUUUUUUAAUGUUUUUGUCAAGAUAUAAAUAAUGGCUUUGAUCUUGUUGAUAAUGGCCAAACAAUUUGUUGUAAGUGUCAUGACUAUUUUCUUUUUCAGUUGUAAUGUAAAAGGUUUUGGAAUGCUUUAUUAUCAAAGCCUUUCUAAAGCUUUCGUAGAGGGUCAGUAAUUUGAAUUAUGCUCUAGUAGCAUUGAACGUGAAUUAUAUUGGGAAAGUGUAGUAGUCAUGCAAUGUAUUUUUUUAUCUAUCAGAAUUCAAAUAUGACAAGUAUCCUGCUCUGCUAUUAAGGUUUAGAAUUAAAUCUAAUGCCUUCCUUCGCCAAUGUUUUUAUUUUCAUUUAAAGGACAAGUCCACCCCAACAAAAAGUUUACUCGAAUAAAAAGAAAAAAAUCCAACAAGCAUAACACUAAAAAAUUUCAUCUAAAUCGGAUGUAAAAUAAGAAAGUUAUGACAUAUUAAAGUUUUGCUUAAUUUUACAAAACAGUUAUAUUCACAUCCUGGUCGGUAUGCAAAUGAGGGGACUGAUGACAUCUCUCACUCACUAUUUCUGUUGCAUUUUAUUAUAUGAAAUUUGAAAUAUUCAAAUUUUCUCCGUUUUCCUAUUAAACAAAUUUUUAUUCCUCCCUGAACAUGUGGUAUUACCAUUGUUUUAACAUAAUGGUUCAGUCAAGUUGGUCCUUAUUUGUCAAAUCUACAAAAAUUAAAAAUAUUGUUUCAAGUGUUCCAUAGCAGAUGAACUAAACAAUGAAUCAUUCUGAUUUUCUAGUCCUAUACGGUGAAAGAAUUAAAAAACACCUACAAUUUUUUGUUUAAUGCCGUUGAUUUAUUCAUGAUCAUUUUUUUUUUUGCAUGCAGUGUAUAUGGUUAUCUUAGUCUUGCCAAUAUAAUUCACAUUAAAUGAAAUUAAAUCAAAGGUGUAAUAAUUAAGAUUCAAAAUAAUUUUACUGAUUGAUUAAUGUCUUUUUUAUUGGCAUUACAUGAAGUAACCAUUAUUAUAUAAUAUAAAGGAAGUGAUUUGUAUACAUAUUUUAUGAGUUCAACUGUAAAUUUCUAUAUAUUUUUUUUCUUUGAAAAAUGAUACCAUAGUAUAGAUAACAAAAAAUUGACAAGAAGAAGUGAAAUUCUUUUGUUGAAAACAUUUUUGGGGAUAUCUCCAUCUGCCAACCUCCAACACCUCCAAACAACUACAUGUAUAUAAUAUAGAAAUAAAGUAGAUAAAUGAAAAAAACUUGUGGCAACUCUCUUGGCAUUCUCAGCUAGAGACCCGGGUUCGAUUCCCGGCAGAGGCAUUUUUUCAACCUUUGAUUCAGAAUGGAUGACAGCUCUGAGGGACAUUGACUAAAGCUUCUUCUACGUAUCUAUUCUCUCAUUUUCAUUUCUUUCACUUUAUUAUACAAGUGAAACUUUAUUUACAAUAAAGUUUCACUUGUAGCAAAGGCCAAUUUUCUUCAAUGGGGUUUUCUAGGGAUGACGAGGCCGAAAAUGGUCUCUUUGUGGGGACAACUUUUUUUUUUUUUUUGGGGGGGGUUCUUUUUUGUGCCUGGCAAAUUUGUGAGUGGUGAUGCAGUUUUUUUGUGUUUUUUAACCCUUGAUUUGUGGCUGCUGUUAAUCUAUGCAUUUCAUAAAAAACUUAUUCCCACAUUAUAUAUUCUCAGAUUUUAUAUUCAUUUAUAUGUGAUAGUAAUAUUGUGUUUUGAAAAAUCAGGCUUUUACUGGAAUGUAUGUAUUAUUUUCAACAUGUGUGAUGAUUUUCUGUCCAUUUUCAGCUAAAAUUUGAUCGUAUAUAUCAUAUCACAUCCAAAGAUAUCUGCUUCUCAGCUGAAAUACAUUGAAAAUAAUUUUUAUGAGAAAUUUAACAAAAUAAUUUUUAUUGCCAGUACUUCAUAAAGUACUCUUCAUUAGAGGUUUUCAGAAUUCAGAUAAAAUUGUAUCUUUGUCUGUAUAACUCUCAUGGUAAUAGGUUUGAGAGUUGAAGUAUUAUGCAAGAAUUUUUCCAAUGUGUGUGUGUGUACUUUUUGAUUGCAGUUGAUUUUAUGAGAAAAAAGAGUGCUUCUGUGUCAAGUUUGCAGUUUUUGUUUUUAAAAAUAUGUAUAAAGCAAGGUGCCAGGAUUGUGAACAGCUUCGCAAGAUUCAGGGAGGUAAACAGAAUAUUUUUGUUAUGAAAUAGUAUACUACCCCUACUCUAUGCAUUUUUUUUUUCAAACAGAGGAAACAAAUUGCAGUAAUUUUGAUAAAGAAAUAAGAACAAAAUGCAUUGCAUUGUUGCAUCAAAACAUUAAUGUAUGUUCCAUGUGACCUUGAUUUCUUACAUUAUUGAACCAGUCUUGAAUGUGUCACACUUUAUCUAUGAUUAACCCUGUUUGAUGUAUGUGAUAUCACAUUUUAUCUAUUAAACAGCCACAAAUCUUAGCAAACUACUUACAAAAUGACAACAAGCAACACGUGUUUUUUAACAUUUUUCCUUUUCAGGAUAUUUAUUAUGGAUAAUUAUUCAACAUGAAUUAUUAUUUACAGUUUUAACACUGAACAAAGUUUUGCCAAAUAUUAAAGGCCUUGUGGAAUACAUUAUUAUAACGUAGUACGUGUACUUAUGCAUAAUGGAAAUAUGUGGGUAAAUUUAUGUAUUACUAUUUGCCAAUUUCUACUGAAUUAUAUUAUAUGUAGAAUUUUAUUUAUAUACAUGUACAUGUGUGCUUCCUAGUGAUACACAUCAUUUGAAAUCAAAUAAAACUCUUCCUGAAAAAAAA